GAAGUGAUCAAACUCGAGACGCUAAUGCAAACGGAGGUUACCGUGGUUACCACAGGCGAAGCAGUGGGUGCGGAUGCUGCCAUGACUCCCCAGUCUAUGCGCCGCCGCAAACGCACAUGCACUCGACGGCAAGGCGAGAAGGACCGGGAAAGGGAAGGAGGAGGCAUGGGCGGAGGAGACCGAGGGGACAGAGGAGUCGGGGAGGACCGGGACCGGAGAGAAGCCAGUGGUCCGUUUAUUAAACUAGGAGAGCGCUCGCGUGGUGGAGGACCCAACAGUAUAUCAACCAUCCUCCUCAUCGUGAGCUUCAUGAUCUGUAUCAGUCUGGUGGUGCUGGUUGCUCUCAACAUGCUGCUCUUCUACAAACUGUACGCUUUGGAAAGAGCGGCCCAUACACUGGAGACAUGGCACUCCUACUCUGUUGCUGACAGUCCUUUGCCUCAGACAGCUGGGGAGUGGGCUCAGGUUUUGCAGCUUCAGAGGCAGUUCCACCAGGCUCAGCUCAGCAAGUGGCAGCAGAUCCUUCAGUCCUCUGUCACGCUUCUUGACCAGAUGAAGCAUUCUUUAGAAAAGCUCCACCAUGGCAUUGUGGUCCCAGAGGUGCAGCAGGAUGAAACCAUCACAGAGCCAAUGACUGAGGCCUGAGCCCCCCCCCCCUGAUCUCUGAACACACCCUGGGGGGAGGGUAGACUUUUAAAAAAGAAUGCCGCUGGUCGACUUUGAUCAGCACAGUUUGCUCUUUUUCACAUUUCCAAAUCAAAUACCAGAAGAGGGAGACGGAGGGGACUACAUUACCCACAACUCUCCUCACCUGACUGACUUGAAAGGGCGACGUUCGCCUUCAGCCUCAACCAGUAACAUCUUCAAUGAACUCUUUCUGACUGGGCGCUUUCAGGACCACAGCAAUAACUCACCUACAGCUGCUAGUCACCUGUGCGUAGGGUUUGGAAACGGGCCACUGGUGGGCCCAUUCCAAACCAUCCACUCCUCAACUAUCUCAGUGACAUUUCAAAAUGGCUAACCUAACCUAAUCGCUUCAGAAAAACUUUAAUUCAGACCUCCUUAAUUUUCAGAACCUCAAAAAUGUUCAUGACUUUAAAAGACUUCAGUUGGACAUGCAACAUUUCCCAGGGAACAAUGACUCUGGAAAGCGGGAGCUCCUGGUCCUGGGAACAGUUAGUCUCUUUAGUGAACGCCUGCUGAAAACAAGAUGGAGGAUGGGACAAACACCCAGAAAGAGACGGGAGCAAGGACAGCCUCUAGGUCUUUCCUUCACAGAUUUGUUCCUCCGUAUCCGGGUCGAUCCCCAUUUUAAAAGCCGCUGUUCCUCUCAAAGGGGAUGAGGAACAUUUCAACAGCAGACACUUUAGUUUUCACCGUUUUUAGAUGUGAAUUACACACCUGAGGUUUAAUCUCAAACACCAUCCCACUCCUCCCUGUCUUUUUUCGGGGUUUUUAACUUUUUUCAAAAUCAGUGUGUUGGGUCGUUUGUUUGGACAGGAAGCUGCGUCUCACUGGACUGUUACAGUAUUUAUUAUUACCGAUGACUUGAUCUGAAAUCCUGUCCUGCUCUUAAGAAGUCAUAUGGUGGGUAUUUUAUUUUGUGUUGCUCUGAUAUGCUGUUGCAGUGCGGACCAAGAGGAGCUACACGAGAAUGGUUACUGGUCACAGCAAUAAUGACAAUAGUGAUGCUAGUACUUUUUGAAUGUUUCAAACAAAGUAGUAUAUCAUAAUAAUAAUAAUAAUAAUAAUGAUGAUGA